ACAUAAAAAUUUUCACUUUUCACGUUUCCUUUCUAGAAAGAAAGUUAUAUGAUCGAUACCCUAAUCAUUGUUGAGUAAAAAAAAUGUCAGGACGUAAGAAGAACAAAAACAAAUUGUUAGAAAGAAGACCUCGACAUGUCCUCAGCAAAGAGCAAAAAUAUUAUCGGAAGAGAGACGAUGAAGGAUCCAACAAAGAUAACGAGGCAGAAGUCAACGAACAAUCGAUCAACUUCCCCGUGGCCAUGUGGGAUAUGGAGCAUUGCGAUCCCAAGAAAUGCUCUGGAAGAAAACUUGCAAGACACGGCUUGAUAAAGAUCCUACGACUAGGUGCACGAUUCCCAGGCUUGUGUCUUAUUCCAUUGGGUGAUAAGUGCGUGAGUCCGACGGAUUGUGAUAUUAUACGGGAGUACGGCUGCGCGGUUGUGGAUUGUAGUUGGGCGCGAUUGAACGACACUCCCUUCAACAGAAUGAAGACGUCUCAUCCUCGCAUACUGCCAUUCUUAGUCGCUGCAAAUCCAAUAAAUUAUGGAAAACCUUAUCAGCUGAGUUGUGUAGAGGCUAUAGCAGCUACUCUGAUUAUAACAGGAUUUCCGAACGAGGCCGAGCUUUAUCUCGGAAAAUUCUCAUGGGGACAUUCGUUCUUGGAGCUGAACAGCGAACUAUUGGAAAAGUACACUCUUUGCACAAGCAGCGAAGAAAUAAUUACGGCACAAGAAACGUACCUAAAGAAAGCCUGGCAGGAGAAAUUAGAUAGGCUUACGCUUCCUGAUUUUCCGGAAAACAAUACAGAAUCCGAAGAAGAGGAAGAAGAGAAAGACACAAAUACAGUCUUAAAAGUAACUGAGGGCCUAGGCAAUAUAAAAGUAUAAAGUAUAGUCCUUAAAGGUAGUUGACUUUUUAACGAAAUUCUUGAUUUUGAAUUUCCAACCAUUACGAUUUAAAAAUAUACAAUAAAUUUCUAAGACUUGUAAAAAGACAUAAUUGCCAAAUAUGAAAUGUAGAAGGAAUGUGUACAGAUUGGAAAAGACUUGGACUUAAAAAAUAUGUAAAAUCUGAGUAAUUCGUCAUAGAUAAAAUCACAUUUAAUGGCAAUUUGGCCAUCAAUCCGCCGAGUUUAUUUGAGACGGCCUAGUGUUGCCAGGUCUGUUCGAAAGUUAUGCCCAUAUGUUUCUCCAUAUUUUAAAUAUAAUUUGGAUAUUUCUUUGUAUUUUCCUCUCAUUUUUGUAAUCCCAAAAAAUCUCUCGAUGAAAAGAAAAAAAAUUCCUAAUUUAGAGGAAAAUCUCCCAAAUAAAACAGUAAGUCUGUUCGCGUUGCAUACACUUUUUGCACUUGGCAUCUUCGCUUUCUCUCUUUUCAACGUCCAAAUUCCUGUUUAAGGAGGUUCAUACACUACUUCCUAGUCAAUAGACAGUUUAUUCAUAAUA